CUUCUUGUUCGGUUAUUUCAUAUUCUGCUUCUGUACCUGGUUAUCCCAGUUCAAACCUCCUUUUUUUGUUUCCCCACCACACAUCUGAUACCUCUCCUCCCACCAUCACUCAAAAUGGCGAGCCCUGCUGGCAACAUCUCCUUCGAGGACUUCCUCGGACUCUCCACUGCCGUCUUCGAGUGGGCCGACAGCUACGACUCCAAGGACUGGGACCGCCUCCGCAAGUGCAUCGCCCCUGAGCUCCGCAUCGACUACCGCUCGUUCCUCGACAAGAUCUGGGAGGCCAUGCCCGCCGAGGAGUUCAUCUCCAUGAUCUCGGACAACUCGGUCCUCGGCAACCCGCUCCUCAAGACGCAGCACUUCAUCGGCGGCACCCGCUACGAGAAGGUCUCGGACACGGAGGUCAUCGGCCACCACCAGCUGCGCGUGCCGCACCAGAAGUACACCGACGCCUCGCGCACCGAGGUCGCCGUCAAGGGCCACGCCCACAGCUACAACAAGCACUGGUACCGCAAGGUCGACGGCGUCUGGAAGUUCGCCGGCCUCGCCCCCGAGAUCCGCUGGUCCGAGUACGACUUCGAGGCCGUCUUCGCCGACGGCCGCGACUCGUUCGGCGCCGAGGAGACCAACGGCAAGUCGGACGUCAAGGUCGUCGAGAAGGAGCUCAAGGUUGCCGCCGCUGUUUAAAGUACAAUAUGAUGAGGCUUACAGUAUAGUAUGCACACAUUAAAUGUAAUGAGGAGGAAAUCUCUGAUCACGGGAAUGACGAAACGGGGAAUAUUACCUGGUUGGGAGAGAAACACCUUGUAUGUAACCUGUGAGAUGGAUGUGUACUAUAAGUGGAAUGACUACAGCCAUAUGCAUGACCCC